AUGGCUCUGCAGGCGCUGAAUGUGAGCGUCUGUGUGGAGCAGGGGAACCUCAGCAUGGAAGUUACCGAGCGUAACAUGAGCUGCACAAACAGCUCCGUCCUGCCCAGACCGGUCACCAGAGUCAAAGAGAUGGACUCGUUCCGUAUCCUGCUCUACUCGCUCAUCUUCCUGCUCAGUGUCUUUGGCAACCUGCUGAUUAUUGUGGUCCUGAUGCUGAACAAGCGCAUGCGCACCGUCACCAACUCCUUCCUGCUGUCGCUGGCGGUCAGCGACCUCAUGAUGGCCGUCUUCUGCAUGCCCUUCACCCUCAUCCCCAACAUCCUCGAGGACUUCAUCUUUGGAGGUGCCAUGUGCAAGACCGUCUCCUACUUUAUGGGGAUCUCCGUCAGCAUCUCCACCUUCAGCCUUGUAGCCAUCGCCAUCGAGAGAUACAGCGCCAUCUGUAACCCGCUGAAAUCCCGCUCGUGGCAGACCCGAUCCCAUGCCUACCGUGUCAUUGCUGCCACCUGGAUGGUGUCACUGCUAAUCAUGGUUCCCUACCCGGUGUUUAGUGUCCUUAGGUCUUUCAACAAGAGUAACGGCACUGUUGGGCACAUGUGUCGCCUGCACUGGCCCAGCCACAAAGCUGAGCAGACCUGGUAUGUGCUGCUGCUGUUCACUCUGUUCUUCAUCCCAGGAGUGGUGAUGAUUAUAGCCUACGGUCUGAUCUCCAGAGAGCUCUUCCGUGGCAUUCAGUUUGAGCUGAGCCAGAGCACAGAGACCACCGGCCAGAAGAAUGGUGUAGGGAGGGGUGUCGCAAAGUCGAAUGAUGAUGAUGACGGUUGCUACAUCCAGGUGUCUAAAAAACCCUCCUCUGCUGUGGAGCUCCCCACCCUGUCUGCCUCGUCUAGCACCACCCAGGUCAAGAAUGAGCGCCCGCGCAGCAACACCUCGGAGGCCAAGCUGCAAGCCAAGAAGCGAGUCAUCCGCAUGCUGAUGGUGAUCGUGGCACUUUUCUUCAUCUGCUGGAUGCCUCUGUACUCAGCCAACACCUGGAAGGCCUUUGACCUGAAGUCGGCCUCCAAAGCCCUCACGGGAGCGCCCAUCUCCUUCAUCCACCUGCUGUCCUACACCUCGGCCUGUGUCAACCCCAUCAUUUACUGCUUCAUGAACACACGCUUCCGCAAGGCCCUGCUGUCCACUUUCGCCUGCUGCUGCCGCAACCGGCUCUGUCGCCAGUGCUACUGGUGCAGGAAGAGGGAGGCGGGGGAAGAUGGCAUCAACGCCACCUCUAUGGCCACGUCGAUGGCCACCUCCAUGUCCAAGUUCAGCUACACCACCGUCAGCACCACUGGCACCUGUUGAGCCUCGAGGAGAGCGCCUCAGUGGCUGUUGGGCAGCCGUUACUGUGUGCACCAUCUGUUUUUUUUUCAAUCUUCUGUUUUUCACUCUUCAUCUUAAUAUGCUGUGAGUCAUGCGCUGAGUAAGAUCGCUGCCCUCGUUUAUGAGGCCUUUUUAAAAAGGUCUCCUUUUUCCGCAAUUUUGUGUGCAUAGUUGCAGAAUGUGAGGCGGGGAAACCGCUUACUUUUUUCUUCUGGUUAACUGGCAGCAUCCGCUUUGUUGCAUCCUGAAGACAACAUCAAGUGCCUGUGCUCUUUGUGUAGCUUCAUUCGUUAAGGUUCACACAUUUUAGUGAAAAACUACAUUGAAAAUAUUUGUCUUGUGUACUUGUAUAUACUGUCUUCAUCUUCUUACUGUACCAAAGGUUAAUUUCUGACAGAGACAUACUGUUGAACAAUGAGGACUCAUUAGCUCAUUAAGUGAUGAAUCAGUAUGGAUGUCAGCUCCUUGUGUGGUCAAUGUUUUGUCUUCAUGCAUUCAGGGCAUCUCUCUCUUUCACUUAUCAGAAUUAUUCUACUUAAUAACUUAGACAUGGCUGGGUCCCAAAAUCCUGAAAUAUUUAAACACGAAGAAAUAAUCCUGUUUAGUCCGGUUUGUUCCCAACAACCUUCUUUCUCAGCUUGAUUAAUCUUUCAUCGCUUGUGUAUAAAGCAGAUUCUGCAAAUAUCCAAACACCUUAACGGAUUCAUUCAGCUGAUUUUGUCGGGUUCUUAGUAUUAAUGGGAUGUGCAGCUCCACUUUGUGAUUCAGGCUGGUGUUUGUUUGGAUCAACGGUGUUCAGAUAAACAUCUGAACACUGAGAUUUAACCUCACAUCUUGGCAAGCAUAAAUAAGAAAGCCUGGUUUAUUUUCUUGUGUUUUCACCAGCUUGCAGUCAAAGGAUCUGGGAUCAAACAGGGUUGGUCAUGGAAUUCAAAUGUCCUGCUGCCACUGCUACAAACGUAUGUUGAAUACUGAUGCAGACAUUAAUGUCAGGAUUUAAAUUAGCAGAAAAUGCGCAGACAGUUCAUCCAUGAAAGGUUGAUGGCACCUGCCAUUCGCACCAUAUUGACCCUGCUCCAAAUGGCACAGAGAAGUGCUACAGUCAAACUCACCAUUUCUGCUCAAUUAUCCCUGCGGCGUCUUUUAUGUACUCUUACUGAGACUUCUGCUUCAGUGCUGCAAAUUACUCUGAGCAUUACCUAACCUAAGUACAAAGAGCUGAGACUAACGAGGUGUUUCUCAGGGGGAGCCUCUGCUGCAGCGCAGAUCUCAUGGCUUUGCCUUUAUGAAACGACAAAAGGCUCCAAUUAAUAAUAACAAACUUGCAUCUUUCAUUAAAAAAACAUAAAAAAUAGCGUGUGCUGUAAUUAGGAGAAUCAGGAAAAUGCUACAUUGAUCCAACGAUAUGGGACGAACAAGUACAGAGUAACAUUGUUAAUAUGAGUAAAAUAUUAUUAAAAUAUUUAAAAUAAUAGAUAUUUUGGAUACAAGCUGACUUGAGUUCAGAAGAACAAUACUACUCUCAUAUCUGUACACUAAACAUGAAACUAGAGGAGAGAUGGUAACUCCGCUCUUCCGCAGAGACUGUAGUUUCUGCUUCACACCAGACAGGAGAGGGUGAGGUGAGGGGGUUGCAACACUGCUCUACACACAGGUCCUUUAAAAGGAAUGUUUCUGUCUCAUCUUAUGCCUUCCAUUUGAUGGCCUCAAUUGUCAAAUGUGAAAUAUACAAUACUAAGACAGACUUCUUUGAUUUAAGAGCUAUAGAUAGAAGUUGUCUGAUAGAUAUUAUAUAAUGACAAAUUCUCAACAUGAACAUGAUAGUGUUACAGUGAAUUAUUUCACAUCCCAUUAAGAUAAAAAGUAGCCAUCAUAUUUUAUCGUUUUGCCUCUGCAGCACAAAAAUAUCUGGAUCCGUUUUGAGCAGUGUGAUGUAAUACUCUUGUCCUACAUACGGUGUAUGUUGACAGCUUAGUGCUAUCAUUUCCUAUCACUUUCAACUUCGGUCCUCUUUUUCAUGUCCUGCCAUCGCCUAUCACUUCCUGUCUCUGCAGCCCCAUCACCCACUCACCACCCUCUGUUUUAUCUUUUUUCAGUGCAGAGGCGUAUGCCUACAUGAAUGACAAUAGAGUGUGGGUGACAGCCAGGAUUUGCAGGAACAAGAGCUGUCCGAGAGCAGUCUACAGGCAGUGGCAGAGGUGGAAGCGGGCUCGGCUAGCAGACAGGCAAUUGGCACACAAAAAUCCCAAACACAGCCUCACUUGUAAACAUUUAGUCUGGCGGGCUCCUCGCUGCGGGUGCUUUGGUAAUUAAGGCAGGAGACAAUGAGUGAUUUCCAUAACUUUGCCAGCCCUUGGUGCACUGGAGAACAGGAGUCAGGAUUUAUUUCAUUGACUUUGCCCCUUUCGCCUUUAACUAAAUUUGUAUUUAACCAAAUGUUUUAUAGACCUUAUCAAAUAGGGGCCAAUAUCUUAAUGAAAUGCAAAUUGUUAAGUUUUGUAAUGAUCAUAGCUGCGAGGUAUAAUGAAGAUAAGCCUAAUAAUCUAGAGCUGGUGUUUUGUAUUCCAUGGCCUGUAGAAAAUAAAUUUGUGUCAGGGCAAAAACGUCUGGGUGACCUUGUGAAAAUAAAAGUCUUAUUUUCAUACUUUGAGUAUAGCUAGUUUUACUAACACUAGAACUAAGCAGCACUAUAAGUGCAACUCUUUUCCCCAUUUAAAAAAUGAUUUGAUUAAUGAUCACUGCACUCCAAACCUUUUUGAAGAAUCAUUGAGGAGGAUUUAGCGUUUUAAAAGUUAUGAUUUUACAGGGUACUAUUUGCUUGGUGAAUCUCUGAACAGUGGGGCUAGCUGUUUCCUCUCCUUACAGCUGGUUUUAGCUUCAUAUUUAAUGCACAGACACAAGAACGGUAUCAGUAUUCUUAUCUAAGUCCUCAAGAAAGCAAAUAAGGCUGUUUGCCAAAAUCUGAAAUGACUAUAUGGGGCACUUCCACUAGUGCCAGAUUUUACUAUACCACAGUAAGUUUACAGACUCCUAAAAAAUAAAAAAGGUAGAAAUGCUCCUUCAGGGUUGACAAAUCAAAUUCUUAGCCUGUCCCCAGAACAAGGCCUGAUGCAAACUGAAAGUGAAAAUAGACAGAGGCAUGGGACCAUUUGCCCAGUCAUUUUCUCCCUUAUCUCUACCUCCCUCGAUGAGAAUCCCAUCAGGUGCUUCAGGCGGCACACAAGGAAGAAAAACACAGCAAGCCUCAUUUGGCUCUUUAGCUCCGCACACAACACGUGGAACAAAUUUUGAUGAACUCGGGACACAAAAGAAGUGACGGCACAAAACAUAAAAUGCAGUGACAUCUCUUGUAAAUGUCACUUUACUGACAGUGAUAGAUUAACCUCCUCAUUUGUGCCCUCUUAAAAUAACACACGUCGCUUUUCAAAGCUAUUAAUCAUUUCAGUUUCUGAAAGCAAACAAACAGCUUUGACAGAUGAGCUUCUCUUUAACCUAUUUACUCAUUUACUCACUCGUGCCGAUGAUGACGAAAUCCCUACUAAAAAAUGCAUCAAACAAAGCUGUUUUUCUUAGGACCACAGAAGCUGACUGCUGAGAGCUACAAGGGCUUCAGCCAGCAGGAGACACUGAGACAAUGAACUAAGAAAAACAGAGGAAGUUGUAUGUCGAUUAUUCAUAAUGGCUACCUGGAGGACGGCUGCGAGGAAAAAUGUGUCUGCUGAAUUUUUUAUUUUGUUCUUCUGCAGAAUAAUUAAUAAUUGUAAAAGAGAGAUUUUUGUAGUUUCGCCACAGGCACAGAAUGAAAUAUAUUGUUUUGGCGUACAGGUCCUGGACCUGAGUGUUGUCAAAGAACCUGCUGUUCCUUUUCAUGUUUGGUCUUUGCUCAGCUUUACAGAGCACAUGUCUCUCUCUCUCUGCUCCUCUUGCUUCCAAAAAGGUGAAUUAAGGCAAGAGUGUUUCCUAACACCUUGUGAAGAAGGAUUUUAAGUGUUACCACAUAUGUCAAGCUGAAAUCUCAGCCUGCAGGGGAAAAAAAAAAAAAAAAGUAAACAAAGUGAGAAAUACAAGGUGAAGAGCAGGCGCAGAGAUGAGGCGAUGAAAUCAUAUAUUUAGCUCUUAUUAGGUGGUGAAGCUGUCCGCGUUUGUGCGUCCACAUGCUAUAAAUGUUUACCAAAGCAGUGCUUGUGCUAGACUGUAAAACUAUAAAAUGUGUAACUGUCUGUUAGUUGAAACAGCACUUUCCUGUCUGUGAGAGGUUUUAAAUGUAUAAUGAGGUUAUUGAUGUUUGUCGUGUUUUGCUUUUGCUGUAUCACCAGUAUGAUAUACUUAUUAUGAUGCGGUUUCAUGGUUACUGGCUACACGUAGAGUAUUUUUCAUGCCAAAUGUUCAUUAUUUAACAAAAAUAAAUAUUGGGGAAAACAUGAUUAUGUUUUUAUGUUA